AUGUCUUUGGAGAAGAAGAGUGUCGCAGGUAUUGAAGCUCUUCGCGAGCUGCUCAAGGAACUGAGUGCCAGACGUACUUUUGUUUAUUUCACUGGCUCUCAUGUUGAUGGAAAGAGUUGGUGUCCAGAUUGUGUAGCAUCCGAUCCAGUUGUGUCACGUGUAUUAGAAGAGAAAGCUGUUCAAGACUUGGAUGCCGUAUUUGUGUCUUGUCAUGUCGGACUUCGAGACUAUUGGAAGGAUCCUCGUUGUCCAUUCCGCACUGAGAGCGACUUGAAACUGAACUGUAUUCCAUCGCUCAUCGAAUACAAUACGAACGCUCGUAUCAUUGAUGCUGAAGUAAUUGAUGAGAAAACAGUAUUGAAGUUCCUUACUGCUAAACAUUAG